AUGAGCAGCGAGACGACGCAGCAGCAGCAGCGUCAGUCCGCAACUUCCAGCGACGACAGCAAGCCCCACCGCCUGUCGUCGUUCCUGCCGCACCGCUCCGACAUGGCGCUCUGGGGCACGCUGCGCCACCGCAUGGGCGGGUCCGUCCCCACGGACUCGAGCGAGUUCGUCAACGAGUUCUUCAGCAAGACGCCCGAGGACCCGCGCUGGGAGCUGGGCGCCGUCCAGCGGCAGACCGAGCAGUUCAUCGCCGCGCAGCUGGCCGACAAGCGCCGCGGCAUCGCGCUCAUCACGUCGGGCGCGACGAUCGUGCCGCUGGACCCGGAGAACGACACGUUCGUGGACGUGGCGCCGCAGGUGCAGGAGCAGCAGGGCCCCGCGUGCGCCGAGUACCUGCUGCAGCUGGGCUACGCCGUCAUCUUCGUGCACCGCGAGGACUCGCUGCGGCCCUUCACGCGCCACUUCCAGAAGUACAUCCAGAAUGGGGCCUUCAUGGACAUGUUCCGCCUGCAGGACAACGGGCUCAUGCUCUCGGGCGUCGACAUCUCGCAGCAGCUGCAGUUCCAGAAGAUCGCCCAGCUCUACACGGAGUGCAGCACGCGCGUGCUCAACCUCAGCUUCACGUCCGUGCAGCAGUAUCUCAUGCUCGUGCGACUCACGGCCAGAGCGAUGGAGGUCGCGAAAGACCGCGGCGUGGUCGUGCUGGCCGCCACGCUCAUGGACUUCUACGUGCCGGUGGACCCUCCCGCCGCGGCGAUGGAAGCUGCGGAUGAAGCCAGCGGUAGUGUCGAGCCAGCGCCAUCGUCGACUUCGUCUUCUUUCUCGUCAUCCUCUUCUUCGACGUCGAAGCACAGCAAGACCAGGCACAUCAAGAAGCUGGCCAAGAAGAUCGCCAAGAAGAAGAGCGACGAGUUCUCAGUCAACUUCGUGCGAGUGCCCAACAUGAUCCGCAAGAUCCGCAAGGAUUGGUGUCCCAAGGCCUUCCUGAUCACUUGCAAGCACCAACUCGAUAGUGGCGAAGACAUUGAAGCUGCACACGCCGAUCUUGAGAAGUGGGGCGUCGAUGUGAUUGCAGGAAAUCACCACUCGAACGAGAUUCUUCUCAUCACCGAGCAGGAAGAAACCAUCGUGACCUGCCCCGAAGAUGAAGACAUUAACGACUCGUUUGCGUCAGCUGUUGCCGACAUGCACCGCAGCUUCCGGCGGAAGCGUGAGAUUCUCUCACGCGGUAAGCAGUUGCUGCUGCUGUCGGCCAAGUUCUCGAUGCUCAAAGAGAACGACGUCGUGAAUGAAGAUGCCGACGGAAACAAGAAUGUCCAGUUUGGCCUUGGUGUCAAGAUCCGCGCUGAUCGUCGGGCACCCGACGCUAUCGCUCCUGUGUACGAGCUCAAGCACAUUUUCCAGAACAAGAGCCACUGCGCUCGCGCUCACGUUUGGGAAGGCAUCGUGGAGCACCCAUCGAGCGAGCCAACGCGCGAUGUUGUGGUGGCCUUCAGCCCUGCAGGUAACCCGGAGACUAUUCGUGACGUCUGGGGAGAUUUCUGGUCUGGCUGGGCGGAAGACGAACUGCAAGAGUUCAAGACGGAGAUGAAGGGCAUGUCGCUGUCCUCGGCGAUUAACAUCGUGACGUCGUCCGUCUCGGGCGACUACGAGCCUGCAUCUCAGCUCUUGAAGUUUAUGUGGAGCAAGAUCGGGAACGCCUGGUCAGACGGUGAGAAGACUCGAAUCCGCCAGAGUAUUCAGAACAUGAUGGCGGUCGCGUUGGAUCGCGGUUUGACUGAGCCUGCUGGGAUCUCGAUUCUGGAGAAGCUGAUGCGGAGGCCGCGUAUUCAGCGCUUCGACUCGCUCGUUCUGGAUCAGCCGACGGCUGUCCCAGUGCAUGCGCAGACCCACACACGACGACGCCGUCGAGACAGUGACGCGGACAGCAAUGGAUCGGGUGAGAUCAACCCUGUGCGACUCAGCAAAGCCCGCGUCGUUCGAGUUCACCGCGCAAUCAACGACUACAUGCAAGAUAUGAUCAAGGAAGGCCUGCUCGACGCUAUCCUCAAGUAUGUGGAGCAGGGCGUUCCGGUGCACGUGACUGGUUACAGCAUGGGAGGGUGCUUGGGGCAGUUGUUCAUGCUGUACCUGGGUGACCACGCGCGUAUGAACGGCUGGGACGCAAGCAAGAUCAAUUUCGUGGGCUUCGGAUCGCCUCGUGUGGGCGACAUCGGCUUUGCUGCUCGCCUGCGCGUUCUCUUCGAGCCGCAGCAACUGCUCAUUGUGAUGCAUCCUUCAGAUGCAGUGCACGCCUUCCCUCCUACCGCUGAGGGAUACGUGGAUGCUUGCAUCAAGAUUUUCUUGCGCGAGCACGGAAUGGGUGUCGGGCGACGUACACCUGCGCCGUUCUCGCUUCUGCCGGUCACCAAGUCUAUCGAUCGCGCCUUCGAGCAUGCCCACAAGGCUCACAAGCACAACAAAACGAACGAUCCCGCUUGCUCGUUCUGCCAGAGCAAAGCCCACGUCACGGCCCAGCACCGCUGCAGAUACUGCAUUGAGCGCGGCUCUCAUCGUGGUGCAGACUGUCCGAACCGCAACAAGGCCUGCCUGUUGUGCGGUAACGCCAACCACUGCACCGGUGAGCACAAGUGCCGCGUGUGCCAGCAGUAUGGCCACCGUGGACGCGAGUGCCACGCGCAGCGCGACGUGGGCUUCGCCGAGUUGAUCACCUACUUCCGCUACCACCACUUCCUGUACUACAACGCCAAUCUGAAAAAGUCGGUCGAGUUCACAUCGUAAGCCCAAUAAGUUAACCGCAGUUUUCCCAU